GGCUGCUAUAUAAGUGGAGCAGUAGGUGUGGGUCGGGUUAUAAAAGCAUAGAUAUACCAUCAACCAAAUUAGAAACAGGACAGGUGAGGCACACAGGCUCAGUCAGAAGAUUCAGUAAAGGUGGACAAAGCUUUUUGAAGAAAGUUAGGAGGUGUUGGCUCCAACUGGAGAUAAUUAUAGGCCUAAUAUAUAGCCAGAAAAUACAGGUGGAGUGAUAUUAUUUUCCUGACUUGGAUUGGACAAAAACUGGACCAGAUUUAAGUCCCCACCCUUUUUUUUAAACCAAGACAUCCUUGCUUCGACAGUUUUAACAUAAUUCAGUUGAAAUAUCAACCUAAGGAUAGUUUUGAGAUAAUCUUAGAAGUUGUUACUGGUAGAGGAGGUUGAAGCAUCAGUGCCAAAAUGUGUUCAGGUGGCUUUGCCAAGUGUCUGGGGAUCAGUCUGAUGCCUCUGGCGAUUGUGUGUGUGCUGUGUAACAUCCUGCUCUUCUUCCCCGGUGGAACAUCUGUCGACAGUCAACACAUCACAGAGCAAGUCUGGUACUUUGGAGGCAUUCUGGGAUCUGGAGUGCUGAUGAUCUUUCCGGCUCUGGUCUUCCUGGGUCUGAAGAACAACGACUGCUGCGGUUGCUGUGGCAACGAAAGCUGUGGGCGGAGAUUUGCGAUGCUGAGUUCCAUACUGUUUGCAGCUGUGGGUGUUGUGGGGGCUGGUUACUCAGUUAUUGUUUCUGCUGUGGCCAUAAACCAUGGACCUCAGUGUGUGGUUAGCGGUAAUAGCACAUACAAGAAGUGGGAUACUCCCUUCUCAAAUGGCGACUACCUGUCCAACAAAACUGCCUGGUCAACGAUAUGUUUAGAGCCGGCUGGCGUGGUGUCCUGGCAUCUCUCUCUGUUCUCUGUGCUGCUGGUCAUGGGUUUAAUCCAGAUGGCGCUGUGUGCUGUGCAGGUGGUGAACGGCCUGCUGGGAUGUCUGUGUGGGGACUGCUGUGGAGGGAGUGAUGGAGCCUGAAGUUUGACCACGUCCUACAGCUAUGAGAGUCUGCACGCGGCUGUUUCCUGUUUUUAGAGGACGACACUAGUUUCUUGCUUUACGCCAUAGCUGUACAUUUUUGCAUAAGAGCUCAUUGAUUACAUUGUGCCGACUAUGGGACAACACUGUUGAAAUGACAGAGCUCUAAUUGAAAGGCUUUUCUCUCUAGCAAACACUAAUGACUAAUGACUCUCUGAUGAAUCUUCUCAUUAUUGUGAACACUAACCACUGAACUGUAGUUAAUAAUUUUCCCUCCUGCUAUACACAAAUCAGUGAAUAAAGAUCCUAUUUUAUAUAUUUAUCAAAAGCAGAUAGGACCAUGAUAUAGGAUAGGGUCAUACUAUUGCUUAAAAUACUGUUUGUUUUUCGUAUCUAGUUUAAACAAAGCAACAACCUGAUAGAAAUGAUCUCUCUUGAGAGAAGAUAUUUCUGUU